CCUCACUGCUGCGCGCCGGAAGCAACCCGGGCCACUGCACAGGGGCGCGGCGGCCGGACCGCGGGGCCGGCAAGACCAUGCCGGUCACCGGGAAGAGUUUCCGCCGGCGCCGGGCCGAUUCGGAGUCGGAGGAAGAUGAGCAGGACUCAGAGGAGGUUCGAUUAAAACUGGAAGAGACCCGCGAGGUGCAGAACUUGAGGAAGAGGCCCAAUGGGGUGAGUGCUGUGGCCCUGCUGGUGGGAGAGAAGGUACAAGAGGAGACCACCCUCGUGGAUGACCCCUUUCAGAUGAAGACAGGCGGUAUGGUGGACAUGAAAAAACUGAAGGAAAGGGGCAAAGAUAAGAUCAGCGAGGAGGAAGAUCUCCACCUGGGGACAUCGUUCUCUGCGGAAACCAACCGAAGGGACGAGGAUGCCGACAUGAUGAAGUACAUUGAGACAGAGCUCAAGAAGAGGAAAGGGAUCGUGGAACAUGAGGAACAGAAAGUCAAGCCAAAGAAUGCAGAGGACUGUCUUUACGAACUUCCGGAAAACAUCCGUGUCUCCUCAGCCAAGAAGACCGAAGAGAUGCUUUCCAACCAGAUGCUAAGCGGCAUCCCCGAGGUGGACCUAGGCAUCGACGCAAAAAUAAAAAAUAUCAUUUCCACGGAGGAUGCCAAGGCCCGUCUGCUGGCAGAGCAGCAGAACAAGAAGAAAGACAGCGAGACGUCUUUCGUGCCCACCAACAUGGCCGUGAAUUACGUGCAGCACAACCGAUUUUAUCACGAGGAGCUCAACGCCCCCAUUCGGAGAAACAAAGAAGAGCCCAAAGCACGACCCUUGAGAGUGGGUGACACGGAGAAGCCAGAGCCUGAGCGGUCCCCUCCUAACCGCAAGCGUCCUGCUAACGAGAAGGCUACCGAUGACUAUCACUAUGAGAAGUUCAAGAAGAUGAACAGACGCUACUGAGGGUAGCGAAAGGGAGAAGGGCAGGAUGGACCUAAACAGCACUGUCCCCUCACUAACCCCUCGGCAGACGGCUUCCCAGACAGAGGUGGACAGAAGUUUCUUUGCUACCAGACAGUUCCCCAACCUGAUCUCCACUGGUCCUUCCACUUAGCUGCUGGGUUUUCUGGGCACCGCGUUUGUGACCUUUGAAAGAAGACAAUGUGGAGUUUUCCUGUUUGGGGGCAAGCUUCAUUCUUGUGUGAGCAUUAUAAAACCUUGUUCGUA